AUGGUGAUCAAGGCCAAGAACCACCCCGCCGCGGCACAAGCAAACCCCACCUCAGCCUUGCCCGCAAACGAAGUGCCGUGUGAUCUCAGCGAUCAAUCAAGCACCAAUUCCGGCGACAUCAUCUACACGCCCCCAGAUUCCGGUACCGAAACCGACACGAUGGCUUCAACAGCAGGCAACACGGCCGCCUCUCCAUCUCUCCAAGCUCCCAAGCAACCAGACGAUGGCGGAGGUUCUUUCACCAUCACCACGACCCACGGUCCCAAGCCCGUCCUUCAAGACCCCAGUGCCGCCAACAUCAGCAAGCGCGAGUACAUCUACUUCCUCCCUUACCCUCUGCCACCAAACACCGAGAUCCCUUACUCAAUCCAUCUCCCACACAAGAACCCGCUGAACCUACCAUCUCACCAGUUCGAGCCUACAUCUACUUUGGUACUAACAAGCCCUAACCACACCUUCGUCGACAUUCGUAUCUACAAGUCGUUCUCCAAGGACGCCAUCAAUUCCAACAGCGCUGGUCCCGUGCCCGUCACGGAGAGUACCAACGUAGGUAACUCUGCACACCUGGACUGGGCCUUCACCGGCACUUCCACCAGCGUACCCAUCACACCUCCUCCCACCGGCCCACAGCAUGGGAAGUCCGCCAAGAAGCUCAAGGAAGAAACUUGGGUAAACGUCACACACUCUACUUGGACUCACUGGCUCGACUCGCGCUUCCCAGUUGGCCACAAGAACAUCCCUGUUGAUGAGGGCGACAUGUAUCCCAUCGCUCCUGGAUUGACGCUGGAGCAUGGACACGGAUACCAUCCGGCGCUUGGUGCGGUUAAGACUCAUGAGGAGAUGUGGAGGGACGUCGACGCCGUAUCUACAAAUGAGAAGGGAAGUAUGGUUUGUGUGGUUAUGCGGUGCCAGGCUGAUCACGCGGGUGUCAGAGGUGUGGUCGUAAGGCUGGGACAGUACUGCCAAGGUAUUCUCAUGUGGGGUGAUAAGGUUACCGUUGAGCGAUGGGAGUGGGAAGAUGGUGAAGGAAAGACUGCGAAGGAGAAGGUUGGUGGGAACGGCGGAAAGUCAGAGGUGGAGAAGUGGAACAGGACUGUGAGGGUGGGUGAUGGCUUCUUGCCUUGCGGCGUUACCUUCAGGCCUGAGAUCUUGAAUGUGGGCACGGUUGUCAAGUUCCAGGACUUUGAGUGGAAGGUUGAGGAAUGUUGGGAGUGGAAGUAG